AUGGACAUCCAGACCCCACCCACACUCCUGGAGCUGGCAGGAGAGAGCCUGCUGAGGGACCAGGCCUCAGCCAUCGCAGCUCUGGAAUACCUGCCAGCUGAGCUCUUCCCGCCGCUGUUCAUUCAGGCCUACCGCAGGAGAAUCUGUGAGCCCUUGAAGGCGAUGGUGCAGGCCUGGCCCUUCACUGUCCUCCCUCUAGGGGGCCUGCUGCAGCUGCCUGGGCUCAUGGUCUUAAAAGCCCUGUUGGAUGGGCUUGACAUUCUGCUUGCGCAGGAGGUUAGGCCCAGGAGAUGGAAACUGCGGGUGCUGGAUUUAAGGAGCACCGGUACCAACUUCUGGAGAAUGUGGUGUGGAGACAGCACCUGGAAUUGCUCAUGGAAAGUACCAGUGGCUGUGCACAGCUCCAGCCCCAACCAGGAGCACCCCUUGGCUCCCUUGGAGGUGUUCCUAGACCUUAACUUCAAUGAAAGGGACGACGGGGAUGAGUUUCUCAAGUACAUCAUCCAGUGGGCCCAGCAGAGGGAAGGGUUGCUACACCUGUGCUGCAAGGUGCUGAGGAUUUCUGAGGUGCCCUCCCAGAGGGUCAGCGAGGUCCUGGAUAGGGUGCAGCUGGACUGCAUCCAGGCGGUGGAAGUGAACUGCACCUGGGACCUGCCCACCCUGGGGACGUUUGCUCUUUACCUGGGUCAGAUGAGUAACCUGCAGAGUUUGCUCUUUACCUGGGUCAGAUGAAGGAAACAGCAGGAGGAGCAGCGAUCCUUUUCCCAAUUCUUCUCUCAGAUGCUCAGGCUGCGGCACCUCCGGGACCUCAACAUGGAUUGUCCCUCCUUCCUCCAAGGCCGUCUGGACCAGAUGCUCAGGUGCCUGCAAACCCCCUUGGACAAUCUCUCCAUAACACAUUGCCAGAUGCUGACACAUUCAGACCUGACACACCUGUUUCAGUGCCCGAACCUCAGGCAGCUGAAGUUCCUGCAUCUGUUUCGCCUCAGCCUCGAGGAUUUUAGUCUUGAGCCCCUCGGAGCUCUGCUGGAGGCAGUGGCACCCACCCUCCAGGUCCUGGGCCUAGAUAACUGUGGGAUGGGAGACUCCCAAGUCGAGGCCAUCCUGCCUGUCCUGAGCCGCUGUCAGCAGCUCAGGGUCUUCACCAUCUCUAUGAACAACUUUUCUGUGGCCACCGUGGAGAAGCUGCUUCGCCACACAGCCGAUCUGUGCAAUUUAUACCUCGAGCUGUACCCCGUCCCUCGUGAGUGUUACAGGAUCCAGGGGAUCGUCAAUGAGGAGAGACUUGCCCAGAUCCGGGCUGAGCUCAAGGCGAUACUGAGGGAGUUAGGACAGCCCAGGACCAUCUAUCUUUGCGACAAGUGCUGUCACACAAUAGGCAACAGUAACAUUUAUGACGUGGCAUUUUCAUGA